ACAAUCAAAUCGCUUCAUCAUCUAGCCCAAUCAUUGAAAGAAGAGAAAGUAUGGAAGCCUGUUUGGAUAGAGUACAUAAACGACACACUCGAAGAUUGGUGUACGAUGAUAGAAACACUGGAUACUAAUUCAAAAAACAACCUUGCCAAACGAUGGAGACUGACCGGAAAUACCGAGAUGACUAAAGUAGCAGUUCUAAAUGAUCCAAAUGUGAUAGAAGCUAUACAACAGGUAUGUGUCUACACAUGAUUUAAAGUAGACUACUGUAAGGAAAGAUAGGUUUCAAAAAGGUCGGGUAUGCCAGCAGAAAAGGUAAUGGAGGAAGCGAUCAGAUCUCUCAAUAGAAUACAAGAGAGGACACAACUACCAUACGCCUGGUUUGCUGCUUCAUUUUUAGAAAAGCUGUUAAAAAACAUGUUUAGUUGUAUCCGUAUUAAUAAAGAUGAUCUUGCAAAGAUUCAAAAAGCUAUAGGAGAAACUGAAAAGAAGAUUAUUUAUGUCCCUGUUUCAAGAACAGUAUUGGAUCCUAUCAUCGUUUGGUUUAUUGCUAUUCGUUAUAAUCUACCUAUCCCAGUGCUACUACUAGAUGAAGCCUUGGCUAUCCUUGGUCCCUUCUCAGAUAUAUUACGACUUGCUGGUGCCGUCUUUAUCAAGAGAGAUCCUCAUGGAAGAUCAACACUGACUACAGCGGUAACAUCUGCUUACUUGCGGCACCUUUUACGAGAAAGAGGCGCGGUAACGAUGGUGCUAGAAAAAGUUAGAUCGCGCUCUGGACUGUAUCAAAAGCCGUUCGAUGAUGGAAUGCUAAGCAUGAUUCAAGAUAAAGAAAAUGCCUUGUUUAUUCCUGUCAACAUGACAUAUGAAGAAGUACCUGAUUUGGCAAAUUUAGUCAAACAUGGUCUCCAUCAUCCCAAGGCAGGCAAGAAUGUAUCCAGUCUUAGCCGUUCCAGAUCCUAUCGAAUGUCAACACCGACAAAAGUUAGUAGGCCGAGCGAUAGUAGAGCACAGAGGGUGAGGAGUCGUAGUCUGGGUCAUGGACAGCUACAUUUACUAAAACUGGAGGAAGACCGGGAUAAGACUCAUGUUCAUCACUAUGGUAAAAUCUUGAUUGGAUUUGGAAACCCUAUCUCUUCAGAUACAGGCGAUCUUGCAGACAAAAUACAGAAAGAGCAAAAGAAAUCUGCUGUAUUAAGCCCAGUGUCACUAGUGGCAGCCAUUUUACUAUAUAGCAGAGUACAAGGCAAUGUGAUUGAUUUAGAAACUGUAAAGAAGUAUUUAGGCUAUCUGUAUGAGUUUAUAAGGGCUCAAGGUAUCCCAAUAGAUUGGCAAGACUUUGAGGAUAGUGAGAAUAUCAUCUUUUAUAGUAUUCGAUUGCUUGAAAAGGGCUCAGAUGCUAUCACAAUAGAAGAAAAGAAUAAUCAUACGGCCAUUCGUAUUAGUAUAGAAUCAGACAGCAUAUUACAACUAGCCUAUUAUGCCAAUCAGGUAAAAGUACCAUGCAGUUUAUUAUUAUUCUCAUACUAAAUUUCAUUCUAGCUACAAGAGAUAUUUGUACUUGAUUCUAUUUUUGCGGUUGUUUAUCUUUCAUUAGGGUCUAAAGGCAACAAUGAUACAAAUGUUACCUUUUUUGAACGAUUUGAGUU